GAGGAUAAGACCAUCGAGAGAGGAGAGUAGAGGAGAGGAGAGGAGGAAGACACAGUACCCAAAAUGGCUUCGAUGUCGCUGAUAACUUCAUUGCCAUGGCUUACGAGGAAAUCCAUAAGAACCCAAGUUCCUUCAGCUUCUUGCACUCUUCCCUUUGGGUCUAGAAUAAGAAGCUCUCUAUCUGUGAAUGCGGCUAACAUUACUGCAGCACGCCCCGCGUUGCUUCACUGUUCCUUUCUCCCUUCUUCCGCAUCUUCUUCCUCCCUCGCCUCUUCCUUUUCAGAUAUCGAUUUUGGAUUUCACUUUUUUGAAGUGAAAGUACUUCCGUGAUGCUAACCAAGUAAUGCUGUGUCUGAAAUGGUAGAUGGUUGAAAACUAUAGUAGCUAUUUUGUUGGGCUGUAUGGUACCAAUUAUCCCUUUAUAUUUAUGGUAUGUUGGAAUUUACCCCCUUAUUAUCAAGGACCAAUUUUCAUCCCAGAAACUCAUUGUUGAUGCCAAAGUUAUCCGUUUCUGGAGUUUUUACAAUAAUGAUAAUUGGUAUUUAAUCAAUAUGCUUUUUGAAC